AGUACGCUACUGCCUGCAGGACCGCCGGUGCUAAUGCCGGGCGCCAGCUAGCCGAGACUUCGCUACCCCACCUAAGGAGCCUGGAAGUACGGGCAUCUCCAGACGGGCGUUGGUCACUUCGAUGCGAAAAUUCAGAACGACAACGUCAUUUAUUCAGUCAUUUAUGUUUCAUGUAUCCGAUAAAAAUUGUAUCAUUCUAAAACCCAGAAAUACAGUCCACUCACAAUUCAGUGUCUUACUUUAUUACACGAACAUUGGACCUUCGACCGGAUUCAACGAAGAAGAAUCCAGAAUACAGGAGAAUUGGUUUAGCAAGCGGCAUCAAGCGAGCAAAACAACUCAACGUGAGAGUUCGAGAAAGGAGUAUCCAGAAUACAGGAGAAUUGGUUCAUCAAGCGGCGUCAAGCAAGCAGAGCAAUCCUAAGAACAGAGACAAACUACGAAAGCUACUACGAGAUCUGCUACGAGAUAGAUAGUGCGCAGUAAGUUUCCAUUCAUUCAUUCCCUUUCAAUACGAUAUUUCGUAGUUCGUACAAUUAUUGUUUGGAAAUUCGAAGCACAUUAUUCAUUUGCCUGUUAUUGUUUGAGAAUAAUUCCACAUAGUCUUCUGAUCAUUGCAUGAAAUAUUGAGAUAUUAAGUAGAUACCUAUUUCAUAAAAUAUGUCACACUUGGAAGCUUUAAAAAUUAUGAUUAAAAAACGCGGAGUGCUCAAGGCAAAGCUGACCUUAUUCGAAAAACACGUAAAAUCUGUGGAAAGCAGCAUUUCAUCAUCGGGAGUAGAUCGAUCGGUGAUCAUUGAAUUAGAGCAAAGAGUUCAAGAUUUGGAAGAUUUAAUACCAAAUUUUGAAGAUAUUCAAUCCGAAAUAGAUUACAGUAUCGAAGAGAAUGAAGACGAGUACCCAAAAAUUGCGCGAAUAAUUAGGGAAGACAUGUACGUAGAUGAUUUAUUAACUGGCGUAGACACACUAGAAGAAGCAGUAUUCGUUUGCUUUACCACGCGAGCAAUUCAUUUAGAGUUAAUUUUAUCAUUAAGUACCGAUGACUUUUUGCAAGCCUUUCACAGAUUUGUAAGCCGUCGUGGAAUGCCCGCAGAGGUGUUUUCUGACAAUGGCACAACCUUUGUCAAAGCUAAUAAAGACCUUAAGUCGUUGUUUAACUUUUUCAAAGAACAAAACCUAGAAAUUUCAAAGGCAGUAACUGAUAUGGGCAUUGCAUGGCAUUUCAUACCUGUAAACUCUCCCCAUUUCGGAGGAAUUUGGGAAGCGGGAGUAAAGAGUCUUAAGAAUCACUUAAAACGAGUUUUAAGAUCAUAUACAUUUUUCUUCUUUGAUUUCCAAACAUUACUUGUGCGAAUCGAAGCGGUAUUGAAUUCCCGACCCAUUUGUCCUCUUACUUCCUGUCCUAAUGACCUUCCCCCUUUAACCCCCGCGCACUUUCUACUUGGAAGAGCAGGAACCGCCGUGCCCGAGGGUACCGUCAUGCAUCUGCCAGAAAAUCGCUUAUCCCAAUUUCAACUGGUCCAAAAGGUUUACGAGCAGUUUUGGAGCCGUUGGCAACGAGAAUACGUAAGCGAGCUACAGACCCGCCAAAAAUGGACAAGAAACACUGGUAGUUUGAACAUUGGACAACUGGUAUUAAUCAAGGAGGACAACUUGCCCCCCAUGAGAUGGCGAAUGGGACGUAUUUUGGAACUUUUCUCUGGCAAGGAUGGUAUUGCUAGAGUAGCAAGAAUCAAGACAACCGAUGGAAUCGUAUCCAGAUCAUUGGUAAAACUUUGUCCACUUCCGGUUGAAAGCUCACCCGAGGACCUUUCAAGGAGGGGGGCAUGUACAGUACGCCACUGCCUGCAGGACCGCCGGUGCUAAUGCCGGGCGCCAGCUAGCCGAGACUUCGCUACCCCACCUAAGGAGCCUGGAAGUACGGGCAUCUCCAGACGGGCGUUGGUCACUUCGAUGCGAAAAUUCAGAACGACAACGUCAUUUAUUCAGUCAUUUAUGUUUCAUGUAUCCGAUAAAAAUUGUA